UGGACGCGAUAUCCGAGAAACAAACAGUGACCAACUCGCGGUCCAGCGGAGAAGACACGCUCCUCCACAAGGCCUCAUCUCGCGAGCGCGUUUGCGUCUCGUGGGUCGAUCAUUCUAAGUUUCAACUGAUUUCUCACUUCAAAACUUGGUUGAGAAAAAUAUAGUCAUGGAUUAAAAUAGCAAUAAAGUGUGACAAAGAUAAUAUUUGUGCGUGCAAGGAUUAUUUAAAACUGGUAAUAUUUGUGUUUGCAACGAAAAUAAGUGCAUGGAAAUGGAUUCACUUCUGCAACAAUACGCUAAUGAAUUUGCUGAUAUAGCUGAUCCAACCAAGAGAAUGAGUGCUUCUCCGCUGCUGUCCGAAAUGGCCUACGCCACCGAUCCGAACAAUAACGACGACUUCGAAACGAUUACCUCGAAUAAAGAGGACAAAUACUCCCUGCGACCGCGGUCGGUGCGUCGUGUAACAGAAACGCUAGCCAAAAGCACCCCUAAAGCUUCUGCAUCACGCGUAUGUGCAUCGACGCCGGCGAGUGCCGGCCACUCGGCGAAGACUUCUACCAAUUCAACCGGUGGAAGUUCUAAACCCGCAAAGAGCCACAAGCCUAAGCAGAAACCGGCACCGUUGAGUAAAUACCGACGUAAGACGGCAAACGCCAGGGAACGAAACCGAAUGCGAGAGAUUAACCAGGCGUUCGAAACGCUACGACGAGUCAUACCCCAAAUGGCCGCCACACAACCCGCCCCAACCGCCAACGAGAAACUCACCAAGAUCACCACGCUGCGAUUGGCGAUGAAAUACAUUUCAUCCCUGAGCGCCGCCCUCGAUGAUAACACGCCAGGUUCUAAUACGGCGGCGUCGGCGGCGGCAGCGUCCGCCCUCGAAAGCUUCCUUCUCGAGCCAUCAUUCAGCGAUUGCAGUGAUUUGGACUGUUUGCUUCUAGAAUCCGACGGCGAGAGUCUUCCACUCUCGGACCAUUCAUCUCUGUUGACAUCUCCGGACUUUCCAGAUACGUCCCUUUCGCCUGUUGAUUUCGGCGAUCCGAAUUCACUCUCGCCUUUCCUGCAGACGGAUUACGACCACACGGAUUUCAGUGAAUUCCUGCUAACGUAACACCUCGUCAGUGGCUUAAUAGUUAAUAGUUGUAGCUGAUGUACAUAAAUAAAAAGAAACAAGUUUAUGCGCUUUUGGGGUGUGAUGAAAAUUAAAUUUAAGUUAUUUAUCUAAUUAUAAGUUGUAUAUAAUACAAAACUCAAUCGAAAAUAAACAACGAACUGAUAGCACGAAGAAUUGAAAACUUUUGGAACAAUUUCUGAUUAAAAUUUAAGUGCAACGAUCUUGUGUAGCAAUAAUAAAUAAAAAAGAGAUAUUAGAAUAUAAAUAUUAUAUUCUCCUACUUGUUACCUAUAUUAUUAAAUUUUUAUCAAAGUAAUUGCUUACUUUGAACAUACGUACUUCAUGUUAUUCUAUUAUUAUUAUAACGAAUCUAUUCUCUCUUCGCUCGACCAUCACCGACGCGAGUGAUAUAUUUUGUACUUAAUCUUUUGGUACUACUUCUCUUUGUAAAAAUAAAUUGUUUAUUUUUUUACAAGAUAA